GAGUGCAAGAACGAUUUGUAGUGAAAUGCAAAAGAAACAUUAAAAUAAAUCUAUAGUAUUUAACAAAUUAACCAGUACCUAACAAUAAAUUCUAAAUAUUACUUUAAUUAUAAACAAAAAAAUAAGUAUAAAUUGAUUAUCUAAACCGUCAACCGGUCGGAAAGUUGUGUGUGAAAAAAUUUCUUUGCUUUUCGCUCUCUCCAUGCAUUCGCGCAUUCGUAUCCAGUCCGCGCGGACCUUUCAACCGACAGUAUUUUUUCCCCUCCUUUUUCGCUGCUCUGCACAAUUCCAACGUCGACAAAGCAAUAAUUAUAUUGAAUGAAAAGUUCAAAUCAUAUAAAAAGUGCUUGUGUAGUUAGAUACAAAUAAAUAUAUAUAUUGACGUUGAUAUAUACGAAACAGAUCAAAAGUUUAGUGAAAGAGGAAGCAAGUGAAAAGUGCAAAUGUGAAUGUGUGCCGCAAGUGAGGCGAAAAAUGUCCAAACGUCCCCCAAUUGUCAGUGGCUAGGUCGUCGUCGUAGUCGGUCGUUUCGACAUCUUCAUAUUCCUCAACUUUUCGACGUCAUAGUGUGACAUUUAUCAACAUUCGGCAUUGGCGCCUUCUUAUAAUAGAACGCUCAGUUUAACGCGGUAGCAACUUUCUUCCGCUGUGUUGCAAGACGAAUGCUUCGAGUACCCCAGUAUUGAAGUGUCACCGUGGAAAUUUUUGGCAAACUACCUUUUUUAAAACAGGAUCGCAGAUACAACGAAGUGUUCCUUCAAACCCUGAAAAAUAAUAUUGAAUCAACCGAAUAAACAAUAUAACUUGUAAAUAUAGAAUCAAUUGUAAAGAUUAUGUACACGCUGCAAAUGCAUCAUAAACAACAAGUAAACAUGGAAUGAAAAGUUAAAAACAAAAAAAAAGCACUCAAAACGGAACAGGAACAAUGUGAAUCCACAGUAUGACUUAAUGAAAGUCGAAACUCAGCAAGUCGAAGUGUGAAGGCGGAAGUCGAAAUUCCUAAAAAGCGGGUGGUGAGUGAGGGUGCAACACAGGCCGAAGAAGCCUUACAUUGAAGCGCACCAAUAUCAAACGAUAUGGUAUACGAUGAGCGGCGAAGAACGCAGGACUACAGCGAAGGACUAAAGAAUCAGACCGCAUAAUCCCCUACGAAAACGGAGUACAAGAAAGUACAAGUUAAGCAAAAAGUUUAAAGAAAAUAAAAUAAACUCAAAACGAAAACUUAAAAAGUGGUAAACAUAAAACAUUCAGCAAAAAAGCACACAAGUUACAACAACAAAGGCAACCCCGAAAGAACUGCAACCUGAAAUUACCAUUUAUAGCGCAAAUGUAUGUAAGCACAAAUGGGGACAUUUUGAGAACGCGCACAGCCAACAACGCAUGUCUUCAACAACAACAAGAACAACAACAGCAAGCACCAACUACAACCAAUAUUAACCAACAUUGCCAUCUCACCGUUACUAAAUACUAUAAUCAACCUUGUUUCGCCCGUCUUCGACGUCCGUCAACGUAAUCAGUAAAAUACCAUAGAAGUGACAUUAAGACAGUGACCGCCAGCGUACCUACUGCACACAAAAGCAAAUUAGAAUAUACUUAUAAUAGUAGCUGUACUACUAGUAGUAGUGGCUGUGCUGCCGCAAACGCACCGUUAUUUGAAGUAAAACAAAAAAUAGCCGCAUUUGCCGAAAAAAUGUUGCAAGACACCAAUAGUAGCGCCAUACAGCCAAAAGUCGUUGUAAUACGACGACGUCCAAAUCAAGGUUUCGGUUUUACGCUGCGUCAUUUCAUUGCCUAUCCACCGGAAGAUGAGCCCUCUUGGCCACAGGAAGCAUCUGAUCCGUACCACCACCAAGUGAAAGCGAUGGAAACCAUUUUCAUAAAAGAAGUUCAAACGAACGGACCUGCUCACUACGCCAACCUGCAGACGGGCGAUCGCGUUCUAAUGGUAAACAACGCACCCAUCGCCGGGCUUGCAUACAGUACAAUCGUGUCGAUGAUCAAGCAAACGCCUUCAGUGUUGACGUUGCAUGUGGUGCCCAAGGAGUGCGAUGUACUGCAGAUGCAUUAUACGAGUAUCGCGCACACACCAGAAACCAAUCGUCUUGCCACAGCGCCACGACCCAUACCAUCGCCCGUGACUGUGGGCAAUGGUAAUGCAGCUGGCGCAUUAAUAUCAAUCAUACCAGCUGCUGCAGCGUCUGCGACUGCAUCUGCAUCUACAUCGACAUCGACAACAAAAUCAUUUUCACACCAACAGCAGCAAUUGAUCUCAUAUCCACAGCUGAGUGGUGGUACUAGUGGCGGUGUUGUUGGCGGCGCCGGUGGAAAGGCUAGUCGUUCGGGCAGUGUUACGAGCUCGGGUAGCAGCAGGUUCCGUCCCACAGCGGUGGGGAGCGGCGAGUUUAUCGAUAUGUCAUCGCAGGGAUUGCACCAGCACAACAGCGGCCGUUUACUGAUACGCGACGAUGGCGGCGGUGCAUUUCUGUCGCGCUCCCAACCGCCGCCCAAUUUGACAGUAUUAUCCCGACAACAACAACAACAACAACAUCAACUCUAUCACACACAAUCAGCUGCAGCGGUCGCAGCCAAUUCCGCCUUCUAUGCGCCCGCUUCGGGUGUCGGCGCCGUUGACACCAGCGAAUUGAUGAUACGCCUACGUGAAUCGAUCAAGCAAAAAGAGGAAUUCCUUAAAUCACCGCUGCCACAUACGCACGCCACGCUGCACAGCGUACCCGCUGUGAGCAACACCGCCCAACAGCAUUUCUUCCCGCCGCACACACCACCGUCGGGCAGCCCGCAAUUGUCUAUGGUGUCGACGACAUCGACAUCGGCCGGUUCAUCAGUGCUGAGCAGCAUAGGUGGCGGCGGCGGGCCGCGUGGUCAGGUGCGUACACACGUUAAGCAACCACUCUCGGCGACAUCCUCAUCGGCGUCGAGCACGCGUGAGCUGUUGCCCGCCAACGUCAGUGCAAUUGAAAUGCAUCAAUACUACGGCAGUGUCAGCAGCAGUGGCAAUGUAGCCAAAAACCACGUUGCGACCACUAGUGGUAGUGGUGGUGGUGGUGUUGGCAGCGUCGGUGGCAACUAUAUUAGCAUGGAGAGUGCUAUGAGUCGUGGCAGUGUGUUGAAUGCGGCGACAAGUGUGAGUGUGAGCGCUGGUGGCGUACGUGCUGUCGGCGUUGAAACGGCGGCCUUGCGACAAGCAGCUGGCAAUGGCAGCGCAAGCAGUCGGCCGAGCAACAACAAUGGCAUGGGUGAUAAAUAUGUAAAGGAUUUGGAUUAUUUAGAAACCCUGCAGGAGACUGGGGUCACCAAUAAAGUCUUCGAACGCAAGCUCGUCUCUCAUCUCGCCAAAGGCUUUGAUCCCUUCCAACCGCUCUCCAUCAACACAAGUGCCUGUGUUGAGCCUAGCGCCACCACAGCAGCAGCUGGCAAUGUGGUGCUGAUAAAGAAACCCACAGUGCUGUACGAAUCGCUGCAACAUCAUCCGUUGCAUCAGCUACAGGUACAACAACUGCAACAGACACAGCAAGCGCAGACGUCACACGCGCCAAUGCAAUUGUCGAAGUUGCAACAGCAUCAGCUACAACAACAACACCAACACGGUAGUGUGGUGGACGGUGUGCAGUAUAGUCGCAUGGAGAUCCACAAGGCCAGUUUGGCUACGACUACCAUCGAUCAUGCGCCGCCUAAUAAAUACACUGGCAAAUUACCGGAAGCUCUUGGAUCAACAACAACAACAACAGUUGCGGUGGCUGAACCGAAACCGGCACUCACUGAUAUCGCCGAAAGCAACGAGGUGGUCGUGGUGCCAGCAAGCAGCCAAGUGGCCACAACUACUGGCACUUCCUCGGCGGAUGGGUGCAGCGGUGCUGCUGUGGUGCGUCGCUUUAAGCCGAUGUCCUCGUUUGACGAUAGCAAACCGAUGCGUCGCAUUUCAUAUCUACGCGCCACUAACAAUGAAACCGAUUACUCAGCCUCGGACACAUCCACUACAUCGUUAACUGGUUUGAAUAGCAGCAGUGCGAUUGGCAUUGGAGCACCGCCACUCAUUGAGGUGACAUCCAAACAAUCGUCACUCGAUGAUGAUGAUGUUGACGAUGACGAUCCUACAUAUGACGUGGUGGCCGGCGAUGAACGCAUACAAAUGCAAACCCCGGCCGAAUUGAUGGCGGCCACGGCGCAGGAGCAGUUGGUGGAGCAGCAGCAACAGCAUUUGAAAGAUAGAGCUAGUGUCACUGCAGAGGCGGCUAUUGUGGCGGCAGUGACGGCCGCAGGUGUUGGUGGCGGUGCUGCAGCGGCUUUAAGUGAAAGUAGACGCGAAUCGGCGAAUAGUGAAAUACGAAAUAGCGUUCACAUUGACGAUGUAAUCGCAGACAUAAAUGGCAAAUUGGAGACAAAGGAUGUGGCUACCGAAAUGGAAGUGUUCGAAACUGAAAUGGAGAUUAAGUCGUCGUGCAUCAAUGGAAAGCGUCUUUCGGAUUAUCGUUCUUGGCGCCAAGUGAAAAUCGAAAUCAAAGGCGAUAUUCUACGCAUCUAUCCCGGUCGUAGUUGUAAGGAGAGCAAUAUGAUAGAACUCGAUAUUAGAAAUUUUAAAAUCUUCGAUGAAUCAGUCGAUAAAAAGAAAUCCUACAUGUUUCGUAUGCAAUCGAAACCAACGCAAAUCGCCACUUUGGGCAAUGAGCUGAAUCUGGAUGAUGUGCCCGACAAGUUGACGUCGUCGGGCAGUAGUGCUUCGACCACAGCGUCACAUAUGGAGCCAACACAUCACCAGCCCCACCAACAACCAACGGAAAUAUUAUUCAAAACGAAAAGCAUGACGGAAAUGAAACGCAUUUUCGGUUUAUUGCAAUGGAAGAAUAGUUUAAUUUAUGACGAUAGUGAUCUUCAAGGCAGGCAAUUGGCUGAGCCGCAGAAAACCGCGGCUAUCUCUAGCAUGCCAACAGCAACAUACUGUGAUGAUAACGUACAACACCAACACCAACAAUUACAACCAGAAUAUUCACCAUUAAGCACAACAUCACGCGGUGGCGAUUCAGAGAUCAUAUCCGACUCUAUUUCGCCGGUGAUGAAAACGCGCAAAUCAUCUUCACACAAAAAUAUACCCGAUAAAGAUUUAGGUUCACCAAAAGCCAAAAACUGGAAAGAUUUACUGUUUAGACGCGGCGGUGGUAGUAGCAGCCACAAUGCGGACAUUUCGCCAUCAAGCUUAGCUUCUGGUGGCAAGACGACCGGUUCCAUUGGUGUGCCCUUAAAAUCAUGUCCGAUGUCUAAGAACAACGAAUAUGUGCCGCUGUUAGUGGAUGUUUGUACAAAUAUUGUUGAAACGAAGGGUCUCGGUAUCGUUGGUAUUUACCGUAUACCCGGCAAUAAGGCUGCCAUAUCAGAGCUAUCGGAACAGGUGAAUAAAUCGGACUUUUCAUGGGAUCGCUGCAACACAGACGUCAGGUGGGAGGACGUGAAUGUGGUUUCGAGUCUGCUAAAGCAAUACAUACGCAAUCUGCCCGAUGCUUUGCUACCAUGUUCCUUCUAUAUAAAUUUCAUUGAAGCUGAUAAGAAGACGGGCUUGGAACGUAUAAAGGAGCUUAAAGAGUUGCUCAACACGCUACCGCGGUACUCCUAUGAGACGUUGAAACAUUUGAUACGACAUCUGAGUCGUGUGAGCAAAAAUUGUGAAGUGAAUUUGAUGGAACCGAAAAACUUGGCGAUCAUUUUCGGUCCGUCGAUUAUACGCACACCAAACGAUACGUUGGAGAUCGCUGUGAAGGAUAUGAAACAUCAGUGUCGCAUAGUUGAGUUGCUCGUGACGCAGUAUGACUACUUUUUCGAGAAUGGUCCCUUGCCCGAUCUGGCUGACAUUACAGGCAACACGCCCAUUGCCUCCACCUCCAGCUGCGCUUCCGGUGCACUUCACACCCAAGAGGAUCAGACAAAUAUGUUGCUGCACAAUGUAUCGAAAAUCGAACGACUAACCGAGCGUGAGUCGUCAUCCACAACACGCACAUCCCGUUUCAUUCCACAACUGCGACGGCGUACACAUAGUAAGCGUGGCGCUGCCAGCUCGGAUACCUACUCGGGCGAAAGUGUGUUGGUAAGCGAAAUACAAAAUCUAAAUCAGAGUCACAAUGCAUAUAUGAGUUCGAAUAACAAAAACAAAAACAAACAUAAACGCAAAUCAUUGCAAUCAUCCAUCAACCUCAAUCAAACCAUUACAAAACUCAUUUCCGCACCACACAACAUGCACAACGCCCUACUCAAGUACAACAUAACCAGCACCAAUUCCAACACCACCAACAACAACACUACUACACAAUCCACACCCAAUAUAUGCGUGGCAGCAGCCACAGCGUCCACUAAGCCUUUAAAGCAAAGCGCAACGGCCAGUCGCCAACAGCAGCUGCAGCAGCCGCCACUGCAGCAAAUGCAAAAGCAGCAGCUGCAGCAGCAACGGCGCCGCAAAGCCGUGCCCACAAUUUAUGAUAUUGGGCUAACAUUGCGUGUACAAUUUCAGUCAUUGGAUUCCACCAAAUCCGCUACCACAGCGAUGACCACAAGCAGCAGCUCCACCAAUGCCACCACGGCGUCGUCGAGUAGCGGUAGUGGCGGCAGCAGCAGCGUUACAUCCACAACGCAAAAGACGAAAAAGGAGCGUAGCUUCCUGAUCAAUCAUAGCGGUGGCGGCUUUGUGCGUCUGCACCACCGAAAAGCCAGUCUGGAUGAGAAAGACUCGGGCAGCUGUAGCGGAUCGGGCAGUGGCAGCGGCGGCAGCAUGAGCAAAGAGCAGCAACGCAGCAGUGUCGAUAUAUCGGUGCUGCUCACCGAUGAUGAGUCGAGUAAUAGUCGCAGCGAUACGGGUUCCAUGUCACUGACCACCAUCACCGACACGCUAGACUCGAAAUUGCGCAACUUGCGUAGCGGUUCCGAAUCGAAUGAUGAAAAUGGCUCGCCCGAAUUCCGUAAAAAUCGACGGCACACGCUUGGACAGCCACUGCAUUUGCAUUCUGAAAACAUUCCCUAUGCCGAUGAAUCGCCUGAGCGUCAUUUUCAUUCCUGCCCCUUGGAUGCGCCGAAUGUGCUGAUGCUUAGUCGAUCCUGCACCGCCACCAACACCAUCGCCUCGGCCAAAGCGAAUGAGAGCAAAGAGCAGCGUGUGGCAGCGGUUCUAUCCGCGUACAAAAACAACAAACUACAACAUUCGGCUACAGUGCCCAUUAAUCCCGGUUCGACAACAACGAUUGUGGGCAGCGGCAGUACAACAUCGACGGCGGCAUCAACGCCAACUGCUAUUUUAACGGUAAAAACAACAAAUUUACAAGGCGGUAUCGGCCCUAAUGUGGGCGGUACCGGUAGCGGUGGCAAUUUGGCGCGUAAUUCCUAUUUAGGGCGUGGCACACGCUUUAACAAACAAGUAUACGAGCAACAAUGUUGCUCGGACGAUGACUCAGAGGGUUCGACGACGAGCGAUCCGAAAGAUUCGCUCAUCAUAGCAUCGCCGCCAUUUUUUCUAGAUCGUUACAAUAAAAAGCGACGCGAUCAUCGACUCUUUCGCUCCGCUUCGUUCAAUUGCCGCAACUAUUCAUCAUCGUCGGGCCGACACAGCAGCAGCGGUGGCCAUCACAACACCGGCGGCUCGGCAUCAGCAUUGACUAAGGAUGAAAAGACUGAUAUGAACCUAACGAAGAAGCGACAGAUACAAAACAAACAGAAUCGUUCCAUAAAGCGACGACACACCGUCGGCGGACCGCACGACUAUGUCGGACCCAAUGGCUGUCCGCCAGCGAAUACCAACAAUUGCAAUCAUCAUCACACCUGUAAGGUCACUGCGGGUGCGGGUGGCACUACUACCACCACUACAACUGUGUUGCGACGCAUUCCUAUACCAAGCGCUAAUGGCAACAUUAGCAACAACAACAACAAUAUCAAUGCAAAUCUAACACAAGACGGCAACAAUGGCAAUGGUGGCGGCGGCAGCGGCAGCGGCAACGGUGGCGGUAACGGUGGCAAUGGCGUGGGCGGCGACAAUGCCGGCAGCGCAACAGUGGCCAUGGCGAGCGGCGCGGGCGGCGAGCACGUGCUGGAAGUGGGCAUCCGCAUAAAGAAUAUCAACAGAAGUCGGUAUUAGGCUCGUGUAAAUGCGAGUAAAAAGUAAACUGUAACGUGCAGUCGUAAAGUCGAACAGUGCAGUUAGCAGCGCAGCGCAAUUGCAAAAGCAGUUGCUGCAAAAAACAAGAAAAAACACCAAUUAGUUGUUAAGUUCACAAAUAUAAAAAAGUCAGCAGCGUUCAUUUAAAUGUGUGUGUAAAAAAUAAGCAUUCUAGUAUUAGCAAGAAAACAGUUAUAAUUAAAAAAAAGCAAAAAAGAAAAAGCGCAAAACAACAAUGAACAAAGUGCUGAGGAUAUUUAUGCUGUGUGUCGCGAGUAAAGAGUAUUGCUUAAGAAAUUCCUGCAUGCAUCCAGUAUAUUAAAGAUAGGAUUUAGAACCACUACAUAUUCGAAAGCAGAGAGUUUGAAGAGUAAAAAGGUAAAUUUUGUAAAAUUUUAAUUUUGUAUUUUUGGAUAUUUUUUGACUUUUUGUAGAGUGGUCUGUUGAAAAUUAGUAAAUUUAUGUAAAUUAGAUACUUUUUAGCACGAUUUUUAUUACUGAAUUUAAGUAGUCUAGUGUAGCAUUUGAAAUUUUUUGUAAAACAUUUGAGAUUAUUAGUGAAGCGUAGUUUAUACAAAUUCUAUACCAAAAGCAUGAUUUUUGCAUUAUUAUUUAAAAUUUAUUUAGUUUUUUAUUCGAAACCUCACUGCGAUAGUUUAGAGUGAUGAAAAUACAUAGUUGAAGUAAAACUGUUAACUGAAAGUGCAUUGU